AAAUAUUAUACUAACGAUUGUAAAACUGAAAUUCGUGAUAUGACAAAUGUAGAAAUACAACAAAUUAUAUUGAAACAGAUUAUUGAUUUUGCGGAAGAGUUAGCUAAUGUUAUUGAAAUAUA